AUGGCAGAUUCAGCAAACGGCGUCCAGAAUGGCGCCAAUGGCCGGACGGUGCCUGUUGCCAACGGCAGCAUGACCUACGCCGAGAAGCACAAGAUCGCAGACCACUUCAUUGGAGGCAACCGGCUGGCGAAUGCCCCCGCCAGCAAGGUCAAGGAUUUUGUGGCCGAGCACAACGGCCACACUGUCAUUACAAAUGUUCUGAUCGCCAACAACGGUAUCGCCGCCGUCAAGGAGAUUCGCUCAGUUCGGAAAUGGGCCUACGAGACGUUUGGCGACGAGAGGGCCAUCCACUUCACCGUCAUGGCCACGCCCGAAGAUUUACAGGCCAACGCCGACUACAUUCGAAUGGCUGACCACUACGUCGAAGUCCCCGGCGGCACCAACAACCACAACUAUGCCAACGUCGAGCUGAUUGUGGACAUUGCCGAGCGUAUGGACGUCCAUGCCGUUUGGGCUGGUUGGGGUCACGCCUCUGAAAACCCAAAGCUCCCAGAGUCUCUCGCCGCAUCGCCCAAGAAGAUCGUCUUCAUUGGUCCUCCUGGCUCUGCCAUGCGAUCACUGGGUGACAAGAUUUCCUCCACAAUCGUCGCACAGCACGCCAAGGUGCCCUGCAUUCCUUGGUCCGGAACCGGCGUCGACGCUGUCGACAUUGACGACAAGGGCAUCGUCACCGUUGCCGACGAUAUCUACGCCAAGGGCUGCGUCAACUCAUGGCAGGAGGGUCUGGAGAAGGCAAAGCAGAUUGGCUUCCCCGUCAUGGUCAAGGCUUCCGAGGGUGGUGGUGGCAAGGGUAUCCGAAAGGUUACCAACGAGGAAGAGUUUGAGGCCCUUUACAAGGCUGCUGCUAGCGAGAUUCCUGGCUCGCCCAUCUUCAUCAUGAAGCUGGCUGGAAACGCCAGACAUCUGGAGGUCCAGCUGCUCGCCGAUCAGUACGGCAACAACAUUUCCCUGUUUGGUCGUGAUUGUUCCGUCCAGCGUCGCCACCAGAAGAUUAUCGAAGAGGCUCCCGUCACCAUUGCCAAGGCUGAUACCUUCAAGGCCAUGGAGGACGCUGCCGUCCGACUGGGUCAGCUUGUCGGCUACGUCUCUGCCGGUACUGUCGAAUACCUGUAUUCGCACGCCGACGACAAGUUCUACUUCCUCGAGCUCAACCCCCGUCUCCAGGUCGAACAUCCCACCACUGAGAUGGUCAGCGGUGUCAACCUGCCGGCUGCUCAGCUCCAAAUUGCCAUGGGUAUCCCCCUGCACAGAAUCCGCGACAUCAGAUUGCUGUACGGCGUGGAUCCCCGAACUUCCAGCGACAUCGAUUUCGAUUUCAAGCUGGAGGGCACUGCCGAGUCUCAGCGCCGACCUCAGCCCAAGGGCCACUGCACUGCCUGCCGUAUCACCUCUGAGGAUCCUGGUGAGGGCUUCAAGCCUUCCAACGGUGUCAUGCACGAGCUCAACUUCCGUUCCAGCUCAAACGUAUGGGGUUACUUCUCCGUCGGUACUCAGGGUGGAAUUCACAGUUUCUCCGACAGUCAGUUCGGUCACAUUUUCGCCUACGGCGAGAACCGACAGGCUUCACGGAAGCACAUGGUUAUUGCGCUCAAGGAGCUGAGCAUUCGUGGUGAUUUCAGAACCACCGUCGAGUACCUCAUCAAGCUGCUCGAGACUGAGGCUUUCGAGGACAACACAAUCUCCACUGGCUGGCUGGACGAGCUCAUCUCCAAGCGACUUACCGCUGAGCGCCCUGAUACCAUGCUGGCGGUUGUGUGUGGUGCCAUCACUAGAGCUCACAUCACUAGUGAGGCCUUGCUGGCCGAGUACCGAUCUGGAUUGGAAAAGGGCCAGGUGCCUUCCAAGGAGAUUUUGAAGACCGUCUUCACCAUUGAUUUCAUCUACGAGGGCUUCCGAUACAAGUUCACUGCCACUCGUGCCGGUCUCGACACCUACCACCUCUUCAUCAACGGCUCCAAGUGCUCUGUUGGCGUUCGUGCCCUCAGCGAUGGUGGUCUCCUUAUCCUUCUUGACGGCCACAGCCACAACGUCUACUGGAAGGAGGAGGUUGGUGCCACUCGUCUGUCGGUUGAUAGCAAGACCUGUCUGCUCGAGCAGGAGAAUGACCCCACUCAGCUCCGAACUCCCAGUCCUGGUAAGCUCGUCAAGUACUCCGUCGAGAACGGUUCCCACAUCAAGGCUGGUCAGACCUUUGCCGAAGUCGAGGUCAUGAAGAUGUACAUGCCUCUUGUUGCCCAGGAGGACGGUAUUGUGCAGCUCAUUAAGCAGCCCGGAGCCACUCUGGAGGCUGGAGAUAUUCUUGGAAUACUCGCCCUGGAUGACCCUUCCCGAGUCAAGCAGGCUCAGGCCUUCGUUGGUCAGCUUCCCGCUUACGGCGACCCUGUUGUUGUCGGUACCAAGCCCGCUCAGCGCUUCGUCCGAUACCACAACGUGCUGCUCAACAUCCUCAAUGGUUUCGACAACUCUGUCGUCAUGGCCGAUACUCUGAAGAAGCUCAUUGAGGUGCUCCGUGACCCUGAGCUGCCCUACAGCGAGUGGAACGCCCACUUUGCUGCUCUGCAUGCUCGCAUGCCCCAAAAGCUGGACACCCUGUUUACUCAGAUUGUCGAGCGAGGCAGAGCUCGCACUGGUGAGUUCCCUGCCAAGGCGCUCAGCAAGGCUUUCAGCAAGUUCCUCGAGGAGAAUGUGGAGGCCGGUGAUGCUGGUCUGCUUAGAACCACGCUGGCGCCCCUUACCGAGGUGCUUGACAACUACGCAGAGGGCCAAAAGGUUCGAGAGCUCAAUGUCAUCAACAACCUUCUCGAGUCCUACUGGGCGGUCGAGAGCCUUUUCCAGAGCCGAGCUCAGGAGGAGAGCGUCAUCCUGAAUCUUCGAGACCAGAACAAGGAGAACAUGGCCAAGGUUGUGCAGAUCGUUCUCUCGCAUAGCCGCAUGAGCUCAAAGAACGCUCUGGUCAUUGCCAUUCUCGAGGAGUACCGCCCCAACAAGCCCAAUGUCGGAAACAUCAACAAGUACCUGCGCGAGUCGCUGCGAAAGCUGACCGAGCUCUCUUCUCGAGCCACCUCCAAGGUGUCGCUCAAGGCCCGAGAGAUUAUGAUCCAGUGCUCUCUGCCGUCCCUUGAGGAGCGUACGUCUCAGAUGGAGCACAUCCUGCGAUCGUCUGUUGUCGAUUCUCGCUACGGUGAGAGCGGCUGGGACCACCGGGAGCCUAGCCUCGAGGUGAUCAAGGAGGUUGUCGAUUCCAAGUACACCGUCUUCGAUGUGCUGACCUCUUUCUUCGCUCACGAGGAUCCUUGGGUUUCUCUGGCGGCUCUCGAGGUCUACGUUCGUCGUGCUUACCGUGCCUAUAUGCUCCAGUCGAUUGAGUAUCACAAUGACGAGUCUGACAACCCUCUCUAUGUGUCCUGGGACUUCCAGCUGCGCAAGAUUGGCAACAACGAGUUUGGCGUUCCCGUUCAGUCUGCUGCUCCUUCUACUCCCGGCACCCCUAGCGGCCUGGAGUUCAAUCGUAUCAACUCUAUCAGCGACAUGUCCUACCUCACUGCCAAAGUGAACAGUGGCCCGUCCCGCAAGGGUGUCAUGGUCCCUGUCAAGUACAUCGACGACGCUGAGGAGAUGCUCCAGAAGGCCUUGGAGACGUUGAACUUUUACAACAAGCAGAAGAAGCAGACGAGUCAGUCUAAUCUUCUUGCUGACUUGAGUGGCAAGCGAAAGCCCUUUGCAGCUCUCAAGAAGGAGUUCCAGAGCCGCAACAACGGCGACGAGCUGUCAGCCGUCAUCAACGUUGCCGUUCGAGACACUGAGAGCACGGAUGACGAGGAUAUCCUCUCACGCAUUAUUCCUAUUGUCCAGGGGCUCAAGAGCGAGCUUUUGGUCCGUGGUGUCCGUCGUCUGACCUUCAUCUGCGGCCGCAGCGAUGGCUCUUACCCUGGCUACUACACAUUCCGAGGCCCCGACUACGAGGAAGACGACAGCAUUCGUCACAGCGAACCCGCCCUGUCUUUCCAGCUUGAGCUUGCUCGUCUUGCCAACUUCCGUAUCAAGCCCCAGUUCACAGGAAACGGCAACAUUCACGUGUACGAGGCUGUUGGCAAGACUGUCGACUCUGACAAGCGCUACUUUACUCGUGCUGUGAUCCGACCUGGCCGUCUCCGUGACGAGAUCCCCACUGCUGAAUACCUCAUCUCCGAGGCUGACCGAGUCAUCAACGACAUUUUUGACGCUCUCGAGAUUAUCGGCAACAACAACUCUGAUCUCAACCACAUCUUCAUGAACUUCACCCCCGUCUUCCAGCUCGACCCUGCUACCGUUGAGCAGUCUCUCCAGGGCUUCUUGGAUCGCUUCGGCGCUCGUGCUUGGAGACUGCGUGUUGCCCAGGUGGAAAUUCGCAUUGUUUGCACGGAUCCCCAGACUGGUAUCCCCUACCCUCUGCGUGUGACCAUCACCAACACCUCUGGUUAUGUCGUCGAUGUCGACCUGUAUGCCGAGCGCAAGUCCGAGAAGGACGACUGGGUCUUCCACAGCAUUGGCGGCACCAAGGAGAAGGGACCUCUUCACUUGCUGUCCGUCUCCACUCCUUAUGCCACCAAGAACUGGCUCCAGCCCAAGCGAUACAAGGCUCACUUGAUGGGUACCCAAUUCGUGUACGACUUCCCCGAGUUGUUCCGCCAGGCCAUCCAGAACAGCUGGGCCAAGGCUGUUAAGAGGCAGCCUGCUUUGGCGCCUCAGCAGCCCAAGGUUGGUGACUGUAUUACAUUCACCGAGCUUGUGCUCGAUGACAAGGACAACCUGGACGAGGUCAACCGCGAGCCUGGCACCAACACCUGCGGUAUGGUGGGAUGGAUCAUCAAGGCUAAGACCCCCGAGUACCCCGCUGGUCGCCGCUUCAUCGUUGUCGCCAACGAUAUCACUUACAACAUUGGGUCUUUCGGCCCCAAGGAAGACAACUUCUUCUACAAGUGCACUGAGCUGGCUCGCAAACUCGGCAUUCCUCGCAUCUACCUGUCUGCCAACUCUGGUGCUCGUCUUGGUCUCGCCAAUGAGCUGAUGCCUCACUUCAAGGUUGCCUGGAACGAUGCUAACAAUCACGAGGGCGGAUUCCGCUACCUGUACCUCGAUGAGAAGACCAAGGACCGCUUCAAGGACACCGUCAUUACGGAGGAAGUUGUUGAGGAGGGUGAAACGCGCUACAAGAUUGUCACCAUUGUUGGCCAGGAGGAUGGCCUUGGUGUUGAGUGCUUGAGGGGAUCUGGUCUUAUUGCCGGUGCCACUAGCCAGGCUUACAACGACAUCUUUACCAUUACCUUGGUCACUUGCCGAUCAGUUGGUAUUGGUGCUUAUCUUGUCCGUCUUGGUCAGCGUGCUGUCCAGAUUGAAGGCCAGCCCAUCAUCCUUACUGGUGCUCCCGCUUUGAACAACCUGCUUGGUCGUGAGGUGUACACAUCUAACCUCCAGCUUGGUGGCACCCAGAUCAUGUACCGCAACGGUGUUUCUCACAUGACUGCCAACGACGACUUUGAGGGUGUCUCCAAGAUUGUUGAGUGGAUGGCGUUUGUUCCCGAGAAGCGCGGCAACCCCGUCCCGGUCAGCCCCAGCCUCGAUGCUUGGGACCGUGAUGUCACCUACUACCCUCCUCAGAAGCAGCCUUAUGACGUCCGGUGGUUGAUUGGCGGCAAGCAAGAGGACGACGGCUCUUUCCAGAGCGGUCUGUUCGACAAGGACUCCUUUGUUGAGGCCCUUGGCGGCUGGGCUCGCACUGUCGUCGUUGGUCGUGCUCGUCUGGGCGGUAUCCCCAUGGGAGUUAUCGCCGUCGAGACUCGCAGUGUUGAGAACAUUACCCCCGCCGAUCCUGCCAACCCCGAUUCUACCGAACAGAUUAGCAACGAGGCCGGUGGUGUCUGGUACCCCAACUCUGCAUUCAAGACUGCCCAGGCCAUCAAUGACUUCAACAACGGUGAACAGCUUCCUCUCAUGAUCUUGGCCAACUGGCGUGGUUUCUCCGGUGGUCAGCGAGACAUGUACAACGAGGUGCUCAAGUACGGAUCGUUCAUCGUCGAUGCCUUGGUCAAGUACGAACAGCCAAUCUUUGUGUACAUUCCUCCCUUUGGCGAGCUCCGUGGUGGCUCAUGGGUCGUUGUUGAUCCUACCAUCAACCCCAACGCCAUGGAGAUGUACGCUGAUACCGAGGCUCGUGGUGGUGUUCUUGAGCCCGAGGGUAUGAUUGGUAUCAAAUAUCGCAAGGACAAGCAGCUGGAGACUAUGGCUCGCCUGGAUCCUACCUACGCCGAGCUGAAGAAGAAGCUGGAGGACAAGACGCUCUCCAGCGAGGAUGCGGAGAAAAUCAAGCAGCAGAUUGUGGCCCGCGAGAAGCAGCUUCUGCCCGUCUACUCGCAGAUUGCCAUCCAGUUUGCUGAUCUGCACGACCGUGCCGGCCGCAUGAAGGCCAAGGGUGUCAUUCGCGAUUCUCUCGACUGGACCAACGCCCGCCGAUACUUUUACUGGCGUCUGCGCAGACGUAUCACUGAGGAGUACAUCCUCAAACGCAUGAACACCAGCAUCCUGCCUACUCCCCAGCCCAACACUUCCAAGGCCACCGAGGCGCGCGCCAAGGGUCUGAAGCUGCUGGAGAGCUGGUCCGGCAUUGCCGGCUGGGACAAGAAGGACCAGGAGGUUGCUGAGUGGUACGAGAAGGAGACUCAGUCCAUUGCGCAAAAGGUGGAGGCCCUCAAGGCCGACAGACUGGCUGCUGAGCUGGCUGAGGCUGUUCGCGGCAAUGAGAAGGCUGGCUGGAAGGGCAUCCGAGAGCUUCUGCGCGUGAUGCCUGUGGAGGAGCGCGAGGCUGUCUUUACGUAUUUGAAGGAGUAA